GAUUGCCGUGAAGUAUAGUUGGAUGUCAUUUUGGCAAAAUUUUCGUAAAUGUUUUUGCCUAAAAUCGUGUAUUAUUGGCGAUAAUUAAUCACCAAUGGUGUUAACUGUUUCAUAAAUAAUCAGUGAACGUAUUGCAACAGUAAAUUUAUGUAUGUUUUGUGUUUGUUCAAUGAAAAAUAGUGAUUGUGUUGUGCUAAGGCUGAGAUUUUUGCUUACCAUCGCACACAUACACAUACAUUCAAUUUAAGAAGUCUCAUUGGAAUCAAUCCUCUAAGAUACACAAAUCGAUUUCGUGUGUAGCCUUUAUGCGAAUGUUUUUCAAUUCACUGAAAUUACUGUUCAAUUGGUGCAAUACAAUAUCCGUUUUUUUAAAAGAAAUAUAAUUGCAUUGUUUAUCAGCACCAUCUAAUCACCCAUUUUUUUGAGUGCUAUUGACUUUUGCUUGAAUUUUCCGGACACACAAUUCAAAAGCGCUAUUUUGACAGAUUUAUCAUUGAAUAAUUCCGUAAUAAUGUUUUAUGAAUAAAAUUGAACUCAUUUGAUCAAAAUAGACAAGUUAAUUCGAAAUCAGAAGUACACGGUAAACGGUGAUCCUGAAUCAUAAAAAUUGUAAUAAGUGCACGACGGCCAUUGAGAGUCGCCUUCGAAUAAAGCAACAACAACAAUAAAACAAAACCAAAGCACAACCAGGUGCAAUAAAUUCUAUAAAUUCUACGAUUUUUUUUAAUAUUAUAUUCUGGUGGAUAACUUUUGUGAAACAUUUUUUUUUGUUUGAUUCUUCGUCAACGGAGGAUUUUAGUGAAUAACCAAAAAAGAAAAAGUGCUAACCAACAAUAUAUUUGGAUUAAUACACGGAUAAUUCAUCAACAAGGAGGUGCACAAACAUCAAAUUCUGCGUUUAGUCACGUAGCUCCGAGUUUUACAUUUUUUCUAUUUAUUUGUUUCAUUUUCACAGUGCAUAGGAAAAGUGUGUUUUUAUUUCCGAAUUACGGAAGCCUAUAAAAAGAAGUCGAAAACGCCAACUUCGCUUCUAAAGUUUAAAAAAAAUUUGUUUGUGGUUUGUGGCAGACACAGAUUUAAAAGAAAUAUUUAGCUGUUAUAGCCAAAAUGUUCGUCAAUAUCUCACGUUUGUUUGCUAAAUAAAUAAAUAAAUCAAAUUGACAAUCCUUAGCAAAAAAAAAGAAAGAAAAAAAAUUAGCAAAAUAUUACGGUUUCUAUUGCAAUUUCUAAGGUGGUUUAAUCCAAUAUUAUUAGUAUUCCAAGCAACAAAAAGGAAAAAUUUCAAGUGAUUUAGUAAAAUGCUAGUGAGUAUGUGGUUUGCGAGUGAUAAAAAAUCAUGGAAAUUGAUGUGAAACGGAGGAGUAAACAGCGUAACCGAAGACGGGAGCGGGCACAACGUAUGCAGGCCGAGCGAGAAAAGGACGUCGUUGGUGGGGUACCCGACAGUGCUGAAGAAGAUGGUUCGCUAGUUCGGGAAAAACCACCACGUCCACCAUUACGACGUAAGAAGCCCAAAGAGCAAUCACCAUUGCUUGAAGAGGAUAUUAUCGACGGCUUUUCCAUAUUAGCAUUCAAAACAUACGAGGAUUUAGAGUAUGCAAUAAAAUUGGCAUCUAAACGUAACGAGAAGAAAUUGUCGGCUAUAACCGAAUUGACAACAUUAGAAGAUAAACCAAUUAAAAUAAUUGACAUUGGUCAACGUGAUAAAGAUCGUGAUAAGGAUAAUAGAGAUCGUGAACGAGAAUGGAAUUACAAGAAUAGUCACCACAUAAACAAUAAUCAUCAGCAAUCUAACCACACAUCACAUAAUUCUUUAACCUUAGCCCAUGAUCCGGGCACUUCGGAUGACAGUGGCCGUGCAUCCGAACGACUGACGACAUCGUCUGUGGCACCUCGAGAUGCUGACAGUUCCAGAGACCGGCUUAGUGAUGCGAGCAGUAGAUGUAGUUCCGGAAAAGGAUAUAUCUGUGAUAGUGAAGGGGACGAUGAUAAGGGUUCUGAUGGAGGGUCGGUUGUGUUUGCAUCGACGCCAGCACAGGUUGGAGCAACAACACCGAGUCCGACUGUUCCGCGCAAAGCUGAUUUCCCGACAACUGGACUGCCUCUCAGCAACGGGCCUUUGGGGCUGGGAGGCAGUGCAAGCCCAGUGCCUGUACCUCCAGGUCCAGCACCGCCAGCACCAUCACCGGCACCAGCUGCAUUACCUCCUCCAAAUUUGCCGCCGCCUUAUACGACACCAAUGCAGGGCUCAAAUGUCGCUUUAAGUACACAUUUGACACCAAUAUCCAGUCACUCAACUCAAGCCGGAUUGAUUAAGCCCCAACCAUCAGCCGCCAAAAUUCCUUCGACGUGUACGAGUACAUCUCCCGGUAAACAGGCACAGCCACUAACACAAUCUCCAUCUUCCAAACAACCGCCAUCUAUAGCGAACUUAAUUGGACAACCAAUAACUACAUUGGCCAAUGGCUUCAGUUCGCCCUCUAUACCACCCAUAUCAACGAAUCAUCCAAUCUCCACACCACGGAUUACAUCUCCAAACAGCACUAGCGUAAGUCAACCACAAAUAACGAAUGGAAUGGCAAACAGUUUAGUGCAACCGCCAGCAUCGUUAUCGGUUGGUGUACCACAACCGCCGCCAGCAACGGCUCCAACAGCGCCUACACCAUCUGUUCAUCCAGGAUUGGACAGUGCGACAGCAAGUUGUCGAACGAACAGUCCGGCUGUAGCGACCAGUGCCGUUUUAUCGGCAGCUGCGCCAGCAGCAAAUGGCAAUAGCAAUGCAACGAUAACAUCUUCUAAUGGAAGUUUACCGUCAUACCGUUCGGGUUAUCCUGGAUACCCGUUGUAUGCACCAUACAAUAACAUUCAUCACAGUCCGUACAUACCUGCAGUACCAUCUCCGUCUGCCUCACCACGAACGGUAGAUUCGAGAACGAGUAGAGAGUCGCCAUUAAUAAAUGUGAGCAAACCAGUUCGACCGAUUACGCCGAAUGCUCCCAGUAAUGGCGUGCCCUCGGUUGCAUCACAAGGUCCGUUAUCAAUCGGAAGCAUGUCGAGUCAACAACCAUCAAGGGAACAACACAUGAAUAUUCAAGCUUCCGAUAGUAACAGUAAAUUUACCACCGCGAUUCACCAGCAACAAUCUGGAGGAAAUCAAAUGCUUCCUGGACCACAUAUGCAACAACAACAGCCACAACAUCAGCAGACACAACAACAACAUCAACAUCAACAGCCACAACAACAACAUCAGCAGCAGCAGCAACAGCAACAUAAUGCCUCAUCAAUUCAAAGAGCUCAUUCUCCCCGAGGGCAUAGCCCAAACAGAGAACGUGAUAGUUAUAGUAGCAAUGUUAGUAGCCUGUCAAGGUCAUCAGCAACGCCUGGACCAGGAGCACCAUACAGUGGUAGUUCAGCUGCCCCAACAGGACCGUCUCCUGCGUUGCCUUAUACUUCUGGAGCAUCAGCUUCACCACUACCGCCAUCAUCAGUCGCAGUAUCAUCUAGUCUGUCCUAUUCUAAAUCCUCAGCACCAGUGUGGCCUAGCGCAAGCAAUACACAAUUGUCGCCAGCUACAGGUAGUAUGACACGACCAACGCCUCCACCUGGACCUGCUGCAAUACAUUCAACAGCACAGUCACAUUCAUCAUUUCCACCACCUCUUUUUGCUGCACCAAUGCCACCACCGGCUGUCUCAUCAGCUUCAGCGCCUCAUCCAUUUUCGGCUGAGUCUCUUUUUCAGUCCAGCAAAGCUGCCGAUCAAGCUGAUUUAUUGCGUCGGGAACUCGAUAAUCGGUUCUUAGAUCGGGCUGGUUUAACUGGUGUUCCACCUCCAUCACCGUACUUACGUCAAGAACUGCAUCAUCAUCAGCAUCAGCACACUCAUUUACAUCAGCAUCAACAACUAUUACCGGCUGCAUCACCAGCACCAGCUCCACUCUUUCCACCACCACUAUUUAAGGAUAUUCCGAAAAUGGGAGCUGUUGAUUCUCCAUUUUAUCGAACAGGUGCUUUAGGAAUGCCAACUGCAUAUCCAGGAUAUUCGCCUGGAUUAUUGCAUCCGGGCCUCGGUGGGCCCACACCAUUUGUGCCACCCAGCCAUUUGCCAUCAUUUGCGCCAAAGCCACCACAUCCUGCAGUUGAUCCCACUAAACCUAAACAAGUGAAGGCCGGACGAUGGAAUGCAAUGCAUGUGCGUAUCGCAUGGGAGAUAUAUCACCAUCAAGCCAAACAAAAUCCAGAUAAGACUGCAACACCUGGAAUCGGUGUCAAAACAGACAUGUUGCGACCGCCUACACAUAUAUUCCCACCUGCUGGUGUACCAAGAUCGCACGAAUUACCAUCAUCAUUCCCACCAUCUGGUUUGCCCGGUCGACCUCCAUACGAAUCUGGACCGAUGCCAGGAAGUUUUCUGGGGACGCCUGGUAGUCAUUUAGGAGGAGCAGUUUCUCCAUUUGGCAGAUACGGCAGUCCAUUUAGUAGUUUUCCCGGCAUGUCUCCGUUUGCUCGUGAAAUGCAUAUGGGCGGACCAAUGUCAAACGUACAUGAUCCUUGGAGAAAUUCACUCCAACGGACAGUCGGAGCCUAUCCACCACCACCGUCUCCUAGUGUGUGGCCAUUGAAACAAGAUUCCAGCUUAGAGGCAGCUCGACGAGAAGCUGAAGAACGUGAACGACGCGAACACAAGCGUCGAGAAGACGAACGACAGUUACGCGAGCGUGAGGAACGUCAAAGGGAACGCGAAAAAGAAGAGAAGCUUCGAAAAGAGGCACAAGAACGCGAAAGGGAAAGAGAACGGGAACGUGAACGAGAGAGGGAGCGUGAACGACGAGAAAAGGAGAGACGUGACAUGGAACGGCGGGAAAUGGAACGCGAGCGUAUGCUACAACAGCAACAACGUUUGUCCGAAAGUACAAAAUCGGUGCAACGAGACCGUUCACCACUACGAAAUGGAAAUGACAUUGAUCCAACUCAAAUAAAAAUUGAGCCGAAACGUGACGACGAAAUGCUGAUGAGACAAUCUUCAAUGAUGACCGAUCCACGAUAUCAUCAUCCAUCUGCAUCGGCUGCUGCAGCUGCUGCACACCAUUCAUACAUGACCAGUCGACACGGUCCACACAUAAUACCGCCACCACCACCGCCACAUCUGUCCCGAUCGAUGCUCGGCCAUUCAAUGGCUGGUCCACCAAUGUCACAUUACCCACCGCCAGGUCCCGCCUGGGCUAUCGAUCCGUACGGUCGCGAUCCAUAUCGAAUGGAUCCGAUGCAUCAAUUACGUUACAAUCCAUUAAUGGAAGCUGCAAUUCGUGUCGAAGAGGAGCGCUCCAAAGCGAUGAGCUUGUAUGCGGCCCAUUCCGUGGCCCAUUUGCGCGCAAAGGAACCGAGUCCGGUUCCGCCGCCACAUCACCGUAUGCCUCCCGGUUCAAUAAAACCAUCCGCCACACAUAUGUCAGUCGGUCCGGAUAUGCACAAAAAGGAAGACUCAACGUCAGCGCGAUGAUAAAUAAUUAACGUGAAAUUGAUCGCGGGAUCGAUUUGAAAUUGGAUCAUUGCAAUUCCAUGGAAGGAAGAAGAAAGAAAGGUAAAACAGAAUGGAAAUUUUUUGGAGGAAGGAGUAAAAAACGUUCCGAGUGCGCAAUUUCCGGUGUACAUUAUCCUAAACAACUGUUUGUUUGUUUUUUAACAGAAAAUUUUCUUUUAUUUUUUUUUAAUGGUAUAAAGGAGUGUGUGGUUCACAUUAAUUUUUAUUGAAUGACUAAGCUACUUAUUGUGAUUUAAACAAAAAAAAUGAAAAAGUAAAAAAACAAGAAAAUGAAAACCCUGUCUGUAAAUAGUUUCCUAGACCAAAACAAGAAGAAGAAGAAAAAAAAAAAUUAUAGAAAUGUAAAUUAUGUACAUACAUAGAUGAGAGGACAAUUUUUUAAUUAGUUGUUGUGCGUGCGCUUAUUUUUCGAUAAAAAAAAAUAAAAAACAAAAUAAAAAUAAAAAACUAACAACAAAAAAUAAAAAAAAAAUCUUCAAAAAAAAAAACUGGCAAAGACGUAGAGACUUGUAAUUUAAAAAAAUCUAAGAAUUCAUACAAAAAAAAUUUGGUAAUUUAUUUAGACAAACCAGUAACAGAGGUUAAUUAAAAAUGCAUAACUCAAUUUAAUUGAAAAAAAAAAAAACAAAUAUGAAAAAAAAUAUCGGGGUUGAUGGAUAGCAGUGUGGAUCGUGUUAAUGGUCUCUGUUUUAUUUUUAUUUUGAAUAUUUGAAAUGCAAAACAAAAUCUUUUUGUAGAAUUUUAAUGAAUUUCCGAUUACAAACACAUACACACAUCCGUACAACAAUCCAUCAAUCAGGAUACACCCACACAAACGACAAACGGGUGCUCAUAAUGAAAUAAUUUAAGUAACUUAAUUAAGUCACAUCAAAAGAUUAUUUAUUAAUCGAAAAAAGCAAAAAAAAAGAAAAGAAAAAAAAAACUGAGAAUUAAACAAAAAAAAAUUAAAAAUACUGAGAAAGAAAUUCAAAAUUUUUACAACCAACACACCUAAUUGUAUAAAAAAGAAAGAAAGCGGAAAACGUUGCAUUUCGAAUGGGGGCGAUAAAUGUUUAAUUUUAUCGGCUCCAUUUCUAUCACAUUAUUAAUUGCAUUUUUUUUCUCUUCAAUUUAUUUUGAUUUAGAUAAUUUUAGGUAAA